UUGGCCAGCAGGGGGCGAUGCAGCCAGAGAGCGUGUAGUGAAGUGUGCGCGGCGCGGCUGCACUUGAUCAGCUCGGCGGUGCUGAAAAGGACAGCUCCUCCCCCGGCUGCAGAUAUGCUCACCCGGAUGCUCAAACUCAAGCUUCUCAACGCCGUGGCCCCGGCGUACUUCAUCACGGCAACAGUGGUCACUUUCAUCCUGCACUUUGGCUUCUUUGUCCCAACAAUCUUCCUCGACACGUCACAUGUGUGGGGGUCCACAGUUGUUCACUCCGUGGUCUUCCUUUUCCUCAUGUUCAACGCCCUGGGGAAUUACAUGAUGACCAUCUUAUACACGGCGGCGAGCGGCAACGAGACGGCGGUCCCGGUGUGUUCGCCGCACUGCUCAGACAAAGUGGACGCUCACUAUCUACUGAACGGCCGCCACUUCUGCAAACUGUGCAAGAAGGUGAUAUUCAAGCGGGACCACCACUGCUUUUUCACCGGGAAUUGUAUCGGCAACAAAAACAUGCGCUACUUCAUCAUGUUUUGCAUCUACACCUCCUGCACUUGUUUGUACUCGCUGGUUCUUGGCGUGGCCUUCCUCACAGUGGAGUACUCCAUCUCUUUUGACAACCCGCUGACCUUCCUGAGCCUUCUCCCCCUCUCCACCGGCUACUUCUUCAUGGGGACCAUCUCCGGCCUUCAGUUCUUCCUGGUCCUGAUGCUGUACGUGUGGCUGGGCAUCGGGCUGGUCUGUGCAGGUUUCUGCUGCCAGCAGGUGCUGCUGGUGGCCCGGGGGCAGACCUGGUGUCAGAUGCAGAGGGGGCAGCUGGUGGAAAACCGGAGCCCCUGGAGGAGCAACCUCAAGGAUGUUUUUGGCACCAACUGGGCGCUGGGCCUCAUCGUGCCCGUGCACACGGUGGAGAUGUGCUCUGAAGAGGCACUCAAACAAGACUGAGCAUCUCAUUAUUCAUUUAUGAAAAACAUUUUUUUAAUUUACCCUAUUGAUCCGAAUAUAAGACGGUAGGAAAGUCUCAGGUUACAGAGGGUUUUCUCCUGUCACUCACACACAACAGUGACUUGCAGGCCUGAUGUGACACAUGUGGGGUUUGACAGCAAAUUCUGGGUCCCACCCCACCCUAAACAACAACGUCGUUGCCCCAUACACACACAUUUGGUGUGUUUACAUGCCCUUAAUAACGAAUUAGGUUUGGUUAGAACCAGCAUUUUAAAGACAUGUAAAAAAAAUUUUUUUUAAAUCUGUUUUUGAUAUUUUUAAGACUGGAUUGACAAAUCUAGAUGAACACUCGUAAAUAAAUAUUUUUUUAGUUAGUUUUUUUUUUCAAAAAUAGUGCCAACAAAUUCAGUGUAAAGUGACCAGAAUAUGAAUUAAAAACAUACUAUACUAUCUAACCCUUCAUUAUUCACUUAAUUAUGAUUAAAACUAAGUUUUAUUUUACUUCAGAGUGUAAAGUAAAGAUUAGACAUUACACCCAUGAUUAUUAUAAGUGGAUACUGCAAAUCAUAAUAUUUCAUCAUUAUUAUUUUUAUGAUUUUAUUAUUAUUGCAUCUACCGGAGGUUAAGCCUCCCCUUGUCUUUAAAACCUAGUGUCUCUAACGUUAAUUGCGAAUCCUUGAAACUCACCACGGUUAUGGGCAAUAAGAUGCAAAAGUAAAAGCAGUCCUAUGCUGCCGCAAAUAGAUUUAUUUUUAAUCACCUCAUUAUUGUUAGAAAAUACUGGUUCUUUGUGUGAAUAUCAUUUCAUAUUUUUGAUAUAGAUGCUAGUCUUGCAUCCUGAGAACCAGCCUCCCCUGCAGAGGACAUUUGUGUCUUGUGUAACAGGGCUACAUUAUUUAUGUCUGAAAUUUGUAUCUAUGACAAAAGAAAUAGAACAUAAUCAAUCAAAUGUCCACUAAAAAAAGUUUUUUAUUUCUCUUUAGGGAUGAAAUCAAAAUUCAAAAUUUUUUUUUAAAGCAUACAUUUUUGAAAGAGUCAGUGAAAUGUCCAUUAAGUUAACAUUUAAUAUGUAUAUCUUUAAGAAAAUAUUAACAAAAUAAAAUUUUGAGAACACAUGUUUUUACAUAUUCCAAUACUCCUAAAUGUAUUGCAAAACGGCUGCGCCUUCUGACUUCAACAUUUUUUUGGAAACAUGAUAGGUAUAACAUCCACAGAUAUAUUGCUACAAUCUAUUAGAAACUACAUUCAUAUUCUAAUAUUACAAAUCGAUUGAUAUGCAGCCAAAAAAGUUACUGCAGAUUAAUUUCCUCAAAUCACAAAAUAUACUCAGAACUUUCGACACAAACCUUUUAAGUGGGUUAAGUUAACACUAACCAUAAACUCAAAACAUAGCUGUCCACAGGGUUUAGGUUUAGAUAAUGCUUAUCUACAAAACAGAUGUUUUUUAUUGUAAUAAUUUCCCUGAUACUGAAACAUGACUUAAAAAAAAAAAAUCAUUCUUUUGUCUGUGAUUAUCUCGGAAAACAUUUAUCCAAGAACAGGUCUUGAAAAAAGGGGAACAUCUCAUAUUGGGGUCAAUAUGGUAAAUACUUAAUACAGUGGACCCUCAAAAUAGACUUUGAGUUUCAACAAUAUGUCCAUGAGAAAUCUUCUAAAAAAUUAGAGAUGAAGUCACACAAAAUUUGCUCACAUCAUGGAAAUUUUUGGUUGAACUCCCAAUUUUUUGCCUAACGCUUUUAGAGGUUCAACUGUAUGUUUCAUCAUGACUUAAGUAUUCCUUGGCAUACAUUCCUAUUAGGAGAAGAGCCAUAUACAGUAAGUAUGUAAGAGUUUCAUAUUUAGUAGCUUUUUAAAAAGCGAUAUUUAUAGGGCAACUAGUAAGACUCAUGGUGAACAUACAGUAUACAUGAAUUGCUUUGCAUUUUUGCGCACAUACAGUAGAACAUCCAGGAAAUGUAUUUUUUUACCAUUAUUACGUUUGAUGUUAAGGGCUCGCAGAAAAAAAUAUGUGUAGUGAUCCUCAUGCAUCAACAAUGCAGAGAAUGUGACUCAGCCUAGUUGGUGAUGGGCAGCAUCGGUUACAUACUGUAAUCAUCCAGGGUAUUAAUCACAAUGUGCCAUAAAAUCAUGUCUUACUUCGACAUUUUGUACACAAGGACCCCACAGAUGCUUAUAAUUAAUGAUGGGACCUUGUGGUAAUAGUAAGGACUUCCCACUGUUUCAACAUACUCAACAUUGUUUUUCUACAUUUAAACACUUUUAAUUCUUACAGCGAGUUUGUCUUUUCCUUGUACACACACACAUACACUCACAGUGCUGUAAGUGAUUUUAAAGUCUUCAAUUUUUAAAGCACUUUUCUGUGUAACGCAAGCUAGAAUCUUUGCGCCAGAAGAAAAAAUUACAGAAGAAAUGACUUUUCAAACAGUUUAAUGACCGUUAGUCAAGAGGACUUUUUGCAACAAAAUUCAGACACAUUUGGUUUUGUCUCCGUCUUACUAGAACAACAACUCUAAGUAUUGCAAGAAAGUAGUAUUGCCGAAAUAAAGAAUUUAACGUUGCCAUUAAAUUUGUCCAUGUGUGGCUUCCUGUCAUGACAUGUUGAUUUUUUGGAGAGCUUUCUGCAAAAAUGUAUAAAGUACAGCAAUCCAGGCUGCUCAAGCACUAACAGAUAUAAUCAAAAGGCACAUUUAACAUUCAUGUUCACAUUAAAAAAACUAAGGAGCAGAGCAAUAUUGGGUAACAAAAGUGCAAGAGGCUGAUAUGUAACUAAUACUUCUCAGCUAUUAUAGUGCCAUUGUCAUCUCAGUAAUAAGCAAAAUAGAAAAAAGUAACACAUCCAAAAUAAAUACAAGGCUACAAAAUUUAAAACAUUUUGGGAAUUUGAAAAAAAACCCCACUUUUUCCAGAAAACUAGUUAAAAAAGUGUAAAUAAUAGCAAACAAAUAAAUAAUACAAGUAAGUUUUGCCAACUGCCAUUAUGGGAUUCGGGUGGAUAAUUAAAAUUAAACAGAACUUGAAAUAACACAUGUAACUCAUUCUCACAUUGACUAAAGAUGGAUUUGGUAACAUUAGCUGAGUUGGAGGGCGGUUGCAUGGAAUGUGCGUGCGUAACGCUAACAAUGUCUCGUAUCCAAAUUGUCAUCACACCUUAACUCAAGGUUGUCUACAGACUAACAACACGUUAUUAGUAGUAGAUCAUACAAAAAUCCCUCGGAACUUCCUGGGUUUAAUCUGAAUAAAAUGAAAGAAAAAUUCCAACAAGACUACUGAACUGAAAACAAAAAUAAGGAGAUGAAGCAACUGUGCUACAAUUAGAACCUCCUGGUCAAUUAUUUAUACCGUUCAUAAGCAUCAAAGAUAUACAUGAGCCUAUCCUAGUUUUUGUUGCAUUAUGACAAAGGUAUCACUUAUGUAAAGUUAAAGAGGAAACUACUAAUUAUUUGUAUAAAUGUGGUCAUUUUGCGGUACGUUUCGUCGUUACUAACACUCUCAGAUAAAUUAAGUUAGAACUGAAUUUUUAACCUAAGUAAAAACUUAAUUUUGGGCCGUAAACAAUAGAUUCAAUUAAAAACGAGUUACGGUGCGCAGUGGAAGAAGACACUAGCCUGUUUCACAACUGCAGCUACAGAUAGAUGGGACAACUUUGCUGAGCUGACUUUUUGCACUUCAUUAUGUCUCCUAAGCGUGAACAGACUCUUCUGGUGGUAGUGCGUAAGACAAAAAGAAAGUGAAGUUAAAAAUCGCUAAACUCUUAAAAAAUGUUAAAAAUAUCAAAAUCAACUUUGGCCACAUGUUCAAUCCAAGCCGCACAAACACCGUAACCAUCAUCAAAGAUUAUGUAUUUGAACAUGUGAAUGGAUCUUCUACUAUGAAAUGGACACUGAUAAAUAAGCAUAGUUCUUUUUUGUAUCGCUUAAUUGAAUUCUUCUAUUAUCGUUUUUGUGACUGCAUUUAAUGUCUUUCAAGUGUUCAGUGUACGGCUGCUACAAUAUUUUGCCAUUUAAAUGCUAUAGUUUACAAUGUAAGCCUUCCAUUAAUUUAAGGUGACUAGCGUUGAGAUAAGAUUAUUUUCAGAAAAUUCAUUCAAUAAAAAUAUAUAAACAAUGUCCCUUUUUCAAGCGUUACUUUAAGUACGAGAUCCCACACAAUUCUUGGUAGACUAAUUUUGGGUGACAUCUGUUAUUGUGCGUGUUGUGCCGUGCUUGUACCGUUCACUAUGACUAGGAGUCUCCAACUUAUCUUAUCCUGAAAGCUACUUCUACAAAAUAAAAAUCAGCAACAUAACAUUUAUUUUUAAUAUGUAUUUCAAACCAUACAAAGACAAUACGCUUGUUUUGCUAGAUAAUUAACACAAUGUUUAGAUCUGCAACUGACAUUUUGUAAUAAAACAUUUUGUGCGUCUUUUCAGUAUUAAUUUUUUUCUAAUUCAGUUUUUAUUUAUCACU